UGCCUGCCGGAGGGGGUCUGCCCUGCCGGGGAGCUCGCUCGGUGGGCGGCCGGGGAGGGAAGCGGUUCGUCGGGCACAGCGCCCCCGCUCCUGCCGUUGCGGCUGGGCUCCCGGCGGCGGGUGAGGCGGCCGCGGAGGGGCGCGGAGCGCUGGGACGGGUGUUCGCCCGCUGCGGCGAGAAGCGGGAGGGAAAGGUGGGAAGAGCUGGUGGGCUGUGUGGAGAGGGCUGCGUGGGUACCCGCUCGCCGCCCCGCUGCACCCCGGGGACGGAGGAACGGUCUCGCCUCACCCGCCUCAGGGUAAAAAUGAAUGUAGGAGUUGCCCACAGCGAGGUAAAUCCAAACACACGGGUGAUGAACAGUCGUGGAAUGUGGCUGACGUACGCGCUCGGAGUUGGCAUGCUGCACAUUGUCUUGCUCAGCAUUCCCUUCUUUAGUGUCCCCGUCGCCUGGACUUUAACAAAUGUGAUUCACAACCUGGGAAUGUAUGUGUUUUUGCAUGCAGUAAAGGGAACUCCUUUUGAAACACCUGAUCAGGGGAAAGCUAGGCUACUAACACACUGGGAACAACUGGAUUAUGGAGUACAAUUUACAUCUUCAAGGAAAUUCUUCACAAUCUCUCCUAUAAUUCUGUACUUCCUGGCGAGUUUCUACACCAAGUAUGAUCCAACACACUUUAUCCUCAACACAGCCUCUCUCCUGACCGUGCUUAUCCCCAAGCUGCCACAACUGCAUGGUGUUCGAAUCUUUGGCAUCAAUAAAUACUAAUAAUAAAUACUAAGCAGAAGGUUUGGCACUGUCUGCCGCUGACGUGGCUACUGGUGCUCCCCAGCUGAAGGAGUAGUCUGCCGUGCCACGUAUCUAAUCGUAUUCAGUGAGAGAUGCUUCUACAUCAGAGAUAAAAUUCCUACUUCCUGCAGCAUUGGGAUGAAAGUUGAGUUUGUAAGAAGAUACCUUCAAAUACUUUAAUGUGAAUCGGAAACCUGCAGAAGAAAGAUUUCCAUGAAGAACUGGGCAGGCCCAGCUCUAAAGUGUAAUCACCACUAAGACUGCAUGUAUGCCUGGUGGAUGCAAGUGACUCAUAAGGAGUGUGUGAGUAACAGCUGAAAUGGAGAGCAACAUUUUGCAAAUACCCAGUCAGCAAUAAUGCAAAGGGUAACCUUAUGUAUAAAUCCAAGAUCCUCAAUGCCAACGACUGGUGAGGCCUCAUUCUUUGAUUAAGUGAAAGUAGCUAGUUUCUGCUGUGUGGAUUGUAGGUGGUUGUGCUUGUUAUUGCACUGUAGAAGUUUGUCUCACAGUAAAUACUGUGAUGGCUAGCAUAAACUGAUGGUGGUGUUCAUGCCUUAUCUGUUCUUGUGAUUUUUUUUUUUUUUGUCACGAAGACUGAUGAAAGUCCUUAACUGUCAGCUCAGGGGAUUUCUACAUCAACUUGAUAGCUCCAGUUUAUGUACGCUUUUGCAGGUUGCUACUGUUACGUUUGUUUAAUUUUGCUUACCAGGAUACUGAAUUUUCUGUGUGUAAAUGGGAGAUCCUGAAAAAUUGGAAUUUCUUUUAA